CUCACAUGCAGUUGAACGGAUCCUCGAUCUUGACGGUCAUUGUCAACGGCCAGCCCACCGAGAUUUCGUGGGCGCAGCUGGCGUCGGCGGUCGCGUCCUCGCCGACGAUUGCACCUCUUCACACCCUGGACCUUUUUUGGUUUGUCUUUGGUGGCGUCCUCGUCUUCCUCAUGAUGCUCGGCCUCGCGCUCCUCGAGCUCGGCUGCGUUCACAAGAAGAACACUAAGCACAUUCUCAUUCGCAUUCUCGGCGACUGCUGCAUCACGGGCUUGACGUACUAUGCAUUUGGCUACGGCUUGGCCUUUAUGGACGGCAACGGCUUUAUUGGUUCGUCCGGCUUUUUCAUGCAAGGCGCCGCGUUCAUGGGUUCCUCGGACGAUCAUGCGUACAGUGGUCAUCGGUACGCCGACUGGUUCUUCCAGUGGGCGAUCGCAUCCGUGGCCGUCAACAUUUGUCACGGCGCGCUCGCCGAACGCAUGCAACUCCGCGCGUACUUUGUCUACUCGUUCUGUGCGAGUCUCUUCAUCUACCCAGUCUGCGCGCACUGGGUCUGGGCCGAGACGGGCUGGGCGAGUAUGUUCAACGAAGGCAACCUCCUCUUUGACAUUGGCGUCAUGGACUUUGCCGGCACCGGUUGUCUGCAUAUGUUUGCGGGCACGUCGGCGCUCAUCGGGUGUCUCUUGCUCGGCCCGCGCACUGGUCGGUUCAGCGAAAAAGGCGACGCACGGGAGCUGCCGCAGCAGUCGGUGUUGUUUCAGUGCAUGGGCACGAUGAUUCUCUGGUUUGGCUGGUACGGCUUCAACUGCGUCUCGACGCUCGGUCUUGGCGGCACAAAGGCCGAUGUUAUGGCCAAGGUCGCGGUCAACCUCACGCUCUCGGCGUGCACGGCCGGCUUCGUCACGGUGGUUCUCGACAAGCUCUUUGUCACCAAGACGUACGACCUUGGCCAGGCCAACAAUGGCAUUCUCAUUGGGUGUGUCGCUGUCACGGGCGCGUGCCCUGUGCUCGAGCCCGAAGGCGCUAUCGUCAUGGGCGUUCUGGGCGCGAUGACGUAUCUGGCGCUCAAGAUUUUGCUCGCGCGCGUCGGUGUCGACGACGUCGUCGAUGCGAUCCCAGUGCAUGGCGGCGGCGGUUUCCUCGGGACGCUCGCCCCCGGCAUGCUGGCGUCGCCCGGGGGGGUCCACAUGUUUUACGGCCACGAACGGACCAACUGCGGCUUCUUCUACACGUGCGAAGGCGGCGGCGGCAAGCAGUUUGGCGCGCAGAUCGUAUACGCGCUCGCCAUUUUCGCCUUUGUCGCGUGCUGCUGUGCCAUUGUCUUUGGCGCGAUGAAGUCGAUGGGCUGGCUCCGUGUCUCGCUUGAAGCCGAGACGAUGGGCUUGGAUGCGUUUGAGCAUGGCGGGUCGGCCUACGAUGACGGCGACGAAGCAACGAUGACGAACAAGGAAAGUUACCACGACGCCAUCGAGAGCCCCACUCUGCCGUAAUGUAAUAUGAUUGAAUGGCUUUCAUCGACGAA